CUGAUCCUUUUUUCCUCUUAUUCAGUGAAUUCAAGGAAGAAAAAAAAAGGUGAAGUUUUUAGCAAGACGACGUCGUCAUGCAUCUUCUUCAUCUCUCCAAUUCUCUCUUCUUCGGCCGUAAUGAAUCGCAUUUGAGAAACCCCUGUUUUUUCCCCACUAUUUCAGCAUGUCUGGAAACUAGACUGCAAAGACUAGCAUCACCCAGAGUAGCUGCAUCAUCAGUUUCAAGUUUUGAGGAGACCAGAGAAAGAAUAUCGAAGCUGAUUCGCAAGGCCGAAAUUUCCAUUUCAACAUACGAUACGGCAUGGGUUGCUAUGGUCCCUUCUCCGAAUUCUCCAACCGAGCCAUGUUUCCCAAAUUGUCUGAAUUGGCUGCUCGAAAACCAGUGCUGCAAUGGCUCGUGGGCCCGUCCACACCACCAUUCUUUAUUAAAAAAGGACGUUCUUUCUUCUACGUUAGCGUGUGUUCUCGCACUUAAAAAAUGGGGUGUCGGCGAAGAACAAAUUAAUCGAGGUGUGCGAUUUAUAGAGUCGAAUUUCACUUCAGCUAACGAGAACUCUCAGAUUUCUCCCAUUGGAUUUGACAUCAUAUUUCCAACCAUGCUCGAUUAUACCAAAGACUUGUUUUUGAACCUCCGCUUAGAGGCUAAUACGUUGAACGACUUGAUUCACAAGAGGGAUUUCGAGCUUAAAAGCCACUCGUUGAAGGGGGAGGAAGCUUAUUUGGCAUAUAUUGCCGAAGGAAUCGGAAAAUUAUACGAUUGCGAAAAAACAAUAAUGAAAUAUCAAAGAAAAAAUGGAUCUUUUUUCAACUCUCCAUCCACAACAGCAGCUGCUUACAUGGUCCUUCCUAAUUCUCGUUGUCUUAAUUACCUUCACUCGGCCCUAACGAAGUUCGGUAAUUCAGUUCCUGCAGUUUACCCUCUGGAUAUAUAUUCUCGGCUGUCCACAGUUGAUAAUCUCGAAAGAUUGGGGAUUAGUCGGUAUUUUAGGGAUGAAAUCGAAACUAUGUUGGAUGAAACAUACAGAUGCUGGGUGCAGGGCGACGAAGAGAUAUUCAUGGAUGCUUCGACUUGUGCUCUUGCAUUCCGAUUAUUGCGUAUGAAAGGAUACAAUGUUACUUCAGAUCGGGUAACAAGUAUUUUGGAGGAGUGCCUUUCGAGUAAUACGAAAGACGUACAUGCAACUCAUGAAUUAUAUAGAGCAUCGGAGUUGAUAAUCUCCCCAGACGAGAGAGAUUUGGAAAGACAAAAAUCGAGGCGUAAACGUUUACUCGAGCAGAAAAUAUCUAGUGGUAGAAAUGUUGACCGAGAGGUGAACCGCGUUCUUCAGUAUCCCUUUUAUUCAACUUUGGAUCGGAUUUCGAAACGGCGAAAUAUAGAGAAUUACAACUUGGACAAUACAAGAAUUGCGAAAACUUCGUAUAGUUCGCCAAAUUUUGGCAACAAGGAUUUCCUUUUGCUGUCAGUAGAAGACUACAACAAAUGCCAAGCCAUACAUCGCCAAGAACUCAAAGAUCUCGAGACAUGGGUAGUAGAGAACAAAUUAGACGAGCUGAAAUUCGCAAGGAGUAAGUCUGCAUACUGUUAUUUCUCCGCCGCAGCAACUUUCUUCGAACCCGAAUUGUCAGAUGCUCGUAUGUCGUGGGCCAAAAACGGUGUUCUCACCACAGUGGUGGACGACUUUUUUGACGUUGGAGGUUCUAUAGAAGAAUUAAAGAACUUAAUUCAUUUAGUCGAAGUAUGGGAUGCUGAUGUCAGCACGGAAUGCUGUUCACAGAAUGUUCGGAUAAUAUUUUCGGCCCUUAAGACCACAAUAUGUGAGAUUGGAGACAAAGGGUUCGUAAAACAAGAACGAAGCGUGAUGAAUCAAAUAAUCAAGAUUUGGCUAGAUUUGCUGUAUUCCAUGAUGAAAGAAGCUGAAUGGGACAGAGAAAAAUCCCUUCCUACAAUGGACGAAUAUAUGAAAAACGCGUAUAUAUCGUUUGCUCUCGGCCCAAUUGUGCUGCCUGCACUGUAUCUUGUGGGGCCUAAGCUCUCGGAGAAGAUGGUCAACCAUUCCGAAUAUCACAAUCUAUUCAGAUUGAUGAGUACUUGUGGGCGUCUUCUAAAUGAUUUUCAAGGUUACGAGGUA